AUGGAAGAUGUUCGAACAACCGAGCUUCAUGUUGUUGAGGGUACCUUACGCCACGAAUUUCAUCGCUCCCGAUUAAAAGCCAAUUGCGUCGCAUGGAACCCGGUGCACCACGAUUUAUUCGCCUACAGCCCGCAAAAGGACCACGUCGUGCUGAAGCGCAAGGGCCAAACGUACCCCUGCUGGAAGUCGAGCAUCAACAGCAUGGCCCGCGCCUUCUUCUUUGUCGCCCCGAACUCGUACACGAUAAAACACCUCGUCUGGAGCCCCGAUGGGGAUGUCCUCUAUUCGCAGCAACUCUAUUUGGCGGACGUUGAAGAUUUUACGUUAAUCCAAGGCACGUCGACCUCGGAAAACGGAUAUACGAUGGUGUUCACCUGUUUCUCGCAAGGAUUUCCACCGGCCUGUUCUUUCGUCCGAAUCUACAUUUUUUACUACACCCUGCUCGAGGUCUAUCACUCUUUCCACGCUGGCUGGGACCACGAACUUGAGAAGCUCAACUCCAAAUUCAACCACGGUGACGCUGAAUUCGUUCGAUUUGGCGAGGAGUUGCUGGGAGCGCUAUAUUUGGGCUUGGAUUCAAAGGCGGUUAUGUGCGAGACGACGGCUUUUGUGCAGAUUAUGGAGAAUAUACUGGCUUCGGCGAGAAAGCCGAACCCUAGGGACUUCUUCGUGAACCUGGCCAACUCGAUCUACAGCCCGGAAAGAAGCUCGAUUCCACAGCCAAGCGUCGAUCCGCGCGAGGAAUGGGCCGCUCGACUUGUAGAUGCAAACUUGACGGCGAACACGCUCAUCUUUGCCCAAUCGACCGUACUUUCAAAGAAAUUCAACGCGCAUAAAGUGGAUUGGAUCCACGAAAUUGCGCGGGGCACCGAUUUGGUGUUUGGACGAGAAGGGAUGAAGCUUUUGAAAAUAUCGAGGCCCGGGGAGCGUGAUGAGCUUCGGAUCUGCGCCAUCCAAAAAGGGAGGCGGGCUAUCUUUUCGAGCAAGAUUUGGAAGGGCGAGGAGAAACCGUCGAAGCCGGAUGUGGUUAUCGAGUUCGGCAAGGAGAAUAUGGACAUUACCACUCGGUCCGACGCCGCUGAUGAGCCGACGCUAAUUUUGGGCAUCGAUAUGUUUGUGCCAACCGAGAAGGGCGCCGUCGUGUCGGUGGAAAUUGGGCCUCGCGUGGGCACGGUCAGCGAGCGGCGGCUGUGUCAUUUGGAUUUCGACGCCGGGCGGUUGACGACUUAUUCGUCCCAACGCCUCGAUGAAAGCACCGAAACGCUGGCUGCCUGCACGAAGGGAUGCGGGAACUGCCUGCUCAUCGCCGACCAGGGCCACCGCUUCUGCGUCACCGAAUUGCCGACGAAAAUUCCGGAAGUAGCGGAGCCCGUUGAUGAACCCAUG